CUUCUGAAAAGUGGGCAGAGGAGUCGACCGACGGUACAAGGAAUCGCAACCAUGAUUGUAAAAAACAGAAGUAUCGCACUGAAGUACUAUAACGAGCUUGUCUAUUUAGUUGAUAUCUAUUGAAUAUUAUAUUUCUCAUACGGAUGCAUUCCAUGAUUUUAUUGUAAUGAAUUGUUGAGCUUCGUUGAAGUCUCGGAUCAAGGUUUGCAACUGCGCUGUCGCCUGGUGCUACGUGCGAGAAUCUAACCAGCUUUUUCUCCAACCAAGACCAAGAUGGAUUGCAUAUCUUCGUUUAUCCUGCAUUUCUCCACAUGCUAUGACUCGCCAAGGCUUUGCUCACUUUCUACCUUCACUACCCCUUUUUGUACGAUGCUUACCGCGCGAAAUAAGUCUAACCACCACUCUCAGGAAAAUGUCUCCCAUACCAUGGACAACAUGGACGAUGGUAUUCGCUUGAACAGGAGGGCUAACCGGUAUGCUAUUGCUAGCCUUUCGGUGUAAGAAGCUGGAUAAGGGACAACGGUAAUGGAUGUUUCACCUGCAACUAUGGACAGUGCUCUGGAGUGCACACCAAGUUAUGUCUCAAAUGUGUCUCAAAUCUCAAAUGUGUCGCUAGCAACUUCCAGCGAAACGAACAGCUCUCAAAAUCAAGAUUACGUUAGCUAGCCAGGUAACAGCUGUUCAAACUAGCAUUAUUAGCACUAGUUAGCUAGAUAACUAACGUUAGUUCUUGUUAUCCUUUAUUGCCAGACUAAAGUUUGAUUGCAUAUUUAUUUUGGCAUUCUAGUUAAUACACGAGUUAUUAAUAUAUUGUGAACUAGCUACUAUAUGUCAGCGUGUUAAAUUGUCCUACACGUGUACGUUAGUUGACUAACCAAAAAGCUUUAACAAACUUCCCAGCAGGAAGCUGUCAAGCGGUAUUCUUGAUCGAAACUUUACUAAUGUAUCUUGCGUAGUGACUAUUUGUUAGCCACAAGCCAGUAUUGAGAAUGUUUAGAAACAUGAAUCGCGAGGAAAACUUUUCUGGUGUGAAGACGCCUCCAUCCACUCCCGCCGGGCAUGGAGUGGCCUCUCUCCGGCAACCAAACCAGGAGCGCUCGUGGAUGGGCAUAUUCUCCGCGGUUUCUAGGCCUGCCCUGUCAUUUCUGCAAAAGUAUAUACCAUGGCGCCCUAGUACUCCUGCCCUGCCUGACAAUGUGACAGGGUGGGUCAUUGGGGAUUUCAAAGAUAACUUUGUAGAGGCAGAAAGCACAUUUUUAGGACAACUGGACGACGUCUUGCCUGGAACUCAACACCAUGCACAUCAUCUAUCGUACCUGCAAUACCAGCAUGGUGGCCCUGGGCUAGCAGCGUCAGGUAAUAGUACUCCGAGUUGGUUGACAGCAGAUUCUCUUUACGAGUUAGGGAUUCAAAAUGCUGCUGAAAUGGACUUAAAUAUAAGGCAACAAACUCCGGUAGGAUACCUCGCAAUCGCGAGAGGUUUUCUCAGUCAUGUUUUGUUGAACGCAGCGUCGGCUCAGGAAAUUAAACACACGGAGCAAGGGCAUGUACUCGGUGGGAACGGUUGGUCAUCUGACGCAGUGUCAGCCAGAGAAAAUAGUACCGCUGGUAACUGGUGGGGUGGGCUUUGGGGAACCAGUAGCGCUCAAGGGUGGCUGUCAAAUUUGUCUUGGAGAAAAGAGGGCACUGGGGAAAACAACAGUAAUGGUCAUUGUUUUCAACCAGAGUGUGGUACAAAGGCUACAGUUACCAAGCCAACAGGGCUGUUUGCACAGAUCGAUGAUAGCGAAUCAAUGGAAGGCAAAAGCACUGGCGCCUCCUGCAACAAAGAGGAGCCAACUGACAAUGGAAGCCUUCAAACGGCCACCUGGCCAGAGUCUCUCCCUUUCCCUGACAGUUUCUCGUUAGAUCACCGGGAAACAGUCGGUAACAGUGAUCAUCUUGUCAGAGUUGGAGCUGUCACUGCCUGCAGUGAGGUGGCAGUUUUUACCCCUGACCAGGACAAUGGCUAUUCCAGUCUGGAAGAAGAACAAUCCACCUCCAGACUGUACAUGUUAAGGCCUCCCAUUGAAGAGCUACAGGGGAUCACAGAGAUGAAGGAAGAGACCAUCACAUCUGACACACCAACACAGGGGAGCUCUGGAGAGAGUGGGCCAGAGAGGGAUGCAUCCAAUCAGAGAGAAGUGGGUCAGACUGCUGCCAGUGGAGGGAUGGAAUUAGAGGAGGAGGAAGAGAUUGAGGACUCUGACUUCUCAGACUCUGAGGAAGAGGAAACGGCGGCUGAGGGUCCAUCAGUGUCUACCACCGCUCUGCCCCCCUCCACCCCCCAGUGCAGUAACAAGGCCAUCGCCUACAUCAUGGGCAGCCCCUGCAGCGACGACAGCCAAUCAGACGACUCACUCAGCGAGGAGGAUGACGAUGGUUUCGACAGUGAGGGCUCGUCAGAAUUCUCCAAUUCCGAGUUGUUGGAUGACGAUGAAGAGGAGGAUGAUUCUGAGACUGAAAGACUGUGGAACUCACUGUGCCAAAGCAGGGACCCCUACAACCCCCAAAACUUCACUGCCCUCCUUACCACCCCCAAGACCAUCCACUCCACCUCUACAGCCACCACAGCCUGCUCCACUCACACCUCACCCUCAGAGCAACCUCCCUCUCCCCUCUCUUCUUCCCCCUCUCCUGCGGAGGAGUUUGGCUCGGAGUCCAGCAGCAGUGAGGUGGAUGAGGCUGAGAGCCUGAGGCUGUGGGACUCCUUCAGCACCUCCUCAGACCCCUACAGCCCAUUCAACUUCCAGGCCCUGCUCAGGACUAGAGAGCCAGUCUGGACCAGGGCAAAAGCAGGGACAGGGGCGUGCUGUAAGAAGAGCAGCAAGACAACCCCCCGUCAUGGACAGGGCCAGGGACAGAGCCACUCACCCCCCCAGUACAGGAAGGAGGAGGCAGAGGAGAGACUGGACAGUGGCUUCUCAGAGAUCCUUCCCACCCCAGAGAUCACCACCACGGCCUGCGUCACAGUCAAAAAGGUGGGUUUCCGUGAUGAGGUGGAUGAGUUUUACGCCAGCGAGGACGAUGAGGACAGGCGUGGGCCAUGGGAGGAGCUAGCCAGAGACCGCUGUCGCUUCCUUCGCCGUGUUCAAGAGGUGGAGGAGAGCAUCGGCUACGUGUUCAGCUCCACCUUCCGCCUCACCGUCUGCCAGAGACUACAACACCACAGCUGACCCCUAACCUCUGACCACUACAACACAACUGAUCGUAAAUCCUGUUUCUCUGUGACCCUCUAACACCCCUCCCUGUCCCUAAAUCCUAUUUUCAACAGACUGCAUCAGAACUUCUUAGUCAUCCCCCCUACCCAGUAACCCCCCCCCAACUCCCAAACCUUCAGACUGGAUGUGCAGAAAAGACCACUUCAGAGCUAUUGACUAGACCAGUGGUUUCCAAACUGUGGGUCGGAACCAGGGGUUCAGGUGGGUUGCUUGUGCGUUACAAAAAAUAUAUAUACUUUUUUAAUGCAUUUUUGGGAUGGGAAAAUCUUUCUUCGUACACUUAAACAACUAAAUAGAAAGUGCGUACAAAAGAUAAUGGACCUAUAUAUUUUUCCUCAUAAAAAUGGCUUCAAAUAUAAUUUUUAAUUUCAGCUUCAGUAAAAAAAAUGUGUAGACUUACAGGAAAUAAGCUUUAAAACUGCAACAUUUUUACUUUGGUCUGUGCAUGUUUUUUUUCACCGUUCAAGUUUGGGAACCCCUGGACUAGACGACAUCCCCUCAGCUCUCUCUCCUGACCCCUUACUGUCACUCUGGGGUGUUGAAGACUUGAUAAUACAGACUUUCUCCCUUUCUUCCCACCCGCCUCCUGAUCGUUUGCUGUUUUGUUUGAAUCUCAGUGGAGUGAUUACCUAAUGUAGGAUAUGAUUAAGGGCGACUGCAUAUUGCUAACUAUGGGGGUAUACAUGUAAUGUAAAGGUAGAAGGGCUUACUGGAUGCAGUGGGACAAACCCAGUCUAACACAGCAGCUAUUCUGCUGAGCUGUGUGCUGAGUAACCUGACUGGAAAACAGAACUCUACACAAGACACUUCAGCCAAAAGUGUCUUUUAUAUUUCGUUUUAAAAUUGGUUUUAUUAUUUUGUCCCGUUGAUUUAAACUGCGCCUUUGGCAUUGCUCCGUCCUUCUCUCUGACACAUCCAUCUGGGUCUCUGCUCUCAGUAGUGUUCUCAGUUUCAUGUCAUUGUGAUCUGAACCCAGGCAUGGUCAGUAUUUAAGAGGUUCAGCAUAAUCCUACUCAGCACCCACAGCCAAAUGUCACACAGUUCUCUGAAGCUGGAUUGGGUUUAAGAGCUUUUGGAAUGCAAACUUGGUUUUUAAUGAAAUGUUAUCUUCCUGUAAACCAUGACAUGCAGAGUACACACUAUCAUUGACAGUGUUCUAUUUGAUUUGAUCCUACGCAGGGGUGGUAAACAUACAGUAUGAAGUGUAAAACACUUCAAAACACUCCAACUGUAUUGGUGGUUAGUGUUAAAACCAAGCCUGUGUUGUUGUCUUCCUGGUUUCAAUCAUUUCGCAGGACCGAGUUUGGGAAAGCCUGAUUCAGCAGUCGCUCUUAUUGAGAGUGACUUACAGGUAUUUAUUGCCAAACAAGCAGGUAUUUCUAGUGAACAGUCAGAGAUCCUCUGACUAUUUCUGGGCUGAAGUGAAGGCUAUAAGGGUUAAGUGGAAGUAUGUGCAUGAUCCUUGUCUUAAAUAUCCUCCUUUCCUCUAUCUACUUCCCUCACUGUGGUUCCCAGAAUAAACAAUUGCUUUAAUCUAUCUACAAUUUGCACCAAUAGACCUUCAAUAAUGCUUUCUCAAAUGUAAAGCUUGCAUCCAUCAAUGGUCAUCUUGGAAAGGAGAUGUGUUAAGGAAGCCCUUCUCUAGUUAUACCACAUCUUAAGUGCUUUUCGUGAGACCCAAAUUCACUGAACUUAAACCUCUUACCCCUGCUAUUUAACCCUGUGAUGCCUGUACGGACCCAGUGUUGUGUAUCUAUUGUUGAGGGGUUAGUGUCCCUGCUGUGGAUAAAGUGUUAACCUCUGUUGUGACCAGGUGGGGAAAAAAGCAGGGAUGUGAAACGCACGAUAUUCUGAAGUGAUUCUCAUAAUGAAAAAAAUACAAUAUGAAAGCUGUGCUCGGAUCUGAAGAAUAUAAACUCUUUAACUUGGUGUUAUUUUAGUCAGUAAAAUUAACAUGAAAUUAUUUUAUUUUUGUAAAACAUUUUAGAAUGAGUUAGUUGCGCUGCAUAACUUAUACAUUUUGAAUUCAUAUUCAUUGAAAAUAAAUCAAUAUUGAAUUAUGAA